AUGUUCCACCCUUUUGUGGAUGGCGUCUAUGUGCAAGAUGGGAAGGAGAAAGAGUCAAAUACCAUCACCCGAUCACCGAUCACAGUAUCUUAUCUUUCUCCUCAACGGCCCACUCUCGAGCUCAAUUCCAUACCCAUAGCGUCUUCGGGAGAAUCAUCUGUGAUACCUACCGAUACCAAUAUACCAACUCUUGCAUCUCAGGCAAACCUCCCACACCAGACCCGAGCCCGACAAUCUCUGGCAUCCUUGCUUUCACUCUUGCUUUCCAAUUGCUUUCACAACAAAUCUCUGGCAUCUUUGCUUUCGCAACAAAUCUCUGGCAUCCUUGCUUUCACAACAAAUCUUUGGCAUCCUUGCUUUCACAACAACAUUCCCUGUCGCAGCUGUUACCCAACCCAGCACACCUCAUACCCAUUUCUUUUCUCAGCUAUGGACGUAGACGAAUUUCUAUCUGAUCAGACCGACGAACACCAAGAAGAGCUGGAUUUCGCUCAAAAAAGAAGCUACGCUGAGGAGGUCUAUCGGGGAGUCUAUACAGAGUUUUUCGCCUGGGAGCAAGAAGAGUGCCGUCGAACACUCAUUAGUCUUCGAACAACGACUCCAAAAAUCUUGCGAUUACCUAGAGUCUCUACGUCUUACCACCCAUCCCAGGUCACCAUUGUAGAGGGCUCCGAGAAGUUCUACUUCGACGAUCUUGUCGACGACAGCAACUCAUUCCAGGCAUCUUGCCUUACCAUUAAAGCUGCUAAAUGGAGCCCAUGUCCAAGAUACUUCAGCUGCACCCCAAUAUCACAGAAUACUCAGCGAGACACGGUCCAGGACUGCACAUUACCAUUCGUGCCUUAUGCAGAUGAUCCCAAUUUCCCUGUUUUUGAUUACCUCGAGAACUUUAGUGAGUUUGCUUGGCAGGAGGAAUUCAAAGAUCCAGACAUGGAAGAGAUCCAAAGUGAAGCUGUACGGAGGUUGAUCUUUGGGCCUCACAAGUUCACACUCCAAGACGUCGACGACCUCGGAUUUUUCAGCCUGACCCGUGUCACAAACUCCUUUGGCUUGCUAUGGGACACCACACAAAGACCGUCUCCCAACAACAUGGAUCAUCGAUACCCCAGAUAUAUUCUCAGUUAUUUCAAAAGACAUAAAUACUUUUUGUCCCAAUCUCAACUGCUUGCACACAUUCUGUUCUGUGCAUGGUGGAGUAAAUUCGCCUACCCAAGAUAUAAACAGCUGAUUUUUUUCAUUUAUAUUUUAUUUUUAGCGGGCAAGGCGGAUGUUCCAUACGUGAUAUGUGAUGAGGCUUCGGGGGCUUAUCAGCUUGCCACGAUUGAACCUGCCAAAGCGGCAGAAACAAAUGAGAGCCUGAAAUUGUCAGAAGUUGAACCGUGUGGUGCACUCUGUUUUAAAUUACAAGAUUUCGACUCAGAGGAAAAUUAUCUUUUGGAAUCUUCACCUUGGAGCAAUCCUGAUGAUAUAACAAUGCUUGAGGGGAUUCUCAAGCUCACUCCUAAUACCAUCCCAUGUGAUCUUGCUAUUAUUUGCAGGAAACCUUGCUUUGAGGUUUUCAUAUACCGUUCAAGAUUAUUACCGGAUGAAAAAAUUCUAGAAACCAUAAGUUACAACUUUUCUCCCAGUCCAAGCGAAAUCAUCCUCCCAGAAUUCGUGAACAUGUCGGUACCUGACGAGUCAGAGUCCAAACUAAAAAUUUCUCUUCUUUCACCAUGCCAGCACAAAGGUCCAUGUCACGAAGCCUCUGAUUGUCACUGUUACAAAGAGGCCCAUCAUUGCAGUCGCAAUUGUCGGUGCAGCUUGGACUGUCCUAUCCGUUGGAAGGGCUGUAAAUGUGGUACCCGCAAGAAAUCAUCUGGGCAUUGUGGGACUGAAAAAUGCCCAUGCUGGGCAGCGGCGCGUGAGUGUGAUCCAGAACUUUGUGUCAAGUGCGAUGCUCGAGGACGGCAUAAGAAGAAAAAGUGUUUGAAUAAUGACAUUCAAAAGGGGAGAUUCCAGGUACUGUUGCUUGAUCAAAUCCGAAGCUAUAUGAGGUUUUUAUUUCACAAACUACAGCCCAUUAAAAUCGCGAAGGGUUUAUAUGGAAGUGGAGCAUACGCCCAAUGUGCACUACCCAAGGGAGUAUUUAUUGGAGGUAUGAAAUUAUUCUGUGCAUUUGUUAUCCAGACUUCUUAG